UAUUCCAGAUUGGAACAGAAGCUCAAAAUUUAUUUUGAUUUUUCCACUUUGAAGACUGGCAACAUCAACACUCUUACUGUGUCCAUCUGAAUAUUGUAACAUUUCAUAAUUUUUCAGUAGACAAAGUAAUGCAUUUCAUUGAUGUUAUAUUCCUGCCAUAGGAGACAAGUCUCCACAUCUCCUUUGGCAUGAAUGCAGGUCUGAGUGAAGCAGAGCUCCUGGAGCGAGCUCGUGCUGAGCGAGCAGCCAUUGUGAGCAAGUAUGACCGAGGCCGCACUGAGGGAGACAAUGAAGGCUCUGAAGAAAUAGCACCUCCAUGGGAAGACCCACAGUUUGAAGAUUAUCAUGUCACUGAUAAAUGGGGAUUUAUCCAUGACACACGUUUGCCUGAAACUCACACCAAAGAAGAAGAGCGCAGCAUUGAAGUAGAAAAAAACCGUAUGCUAAAGUGGAAGAAAAUGACCAAGUCAUGGGAAAAGUACCAUGGGACUGGUGUCAAGCACAGAGCUGGAGGAGGGAGCAGCAAGAAUAUGCCAGCUCACCACCAAAUCAGCGACAAGCUCUACAACAGAAUAUACAAAGGCAUUCCUUCCAGCUUCAGAGGCUAUGUUUGGGCCAAGCUCCUCAACCUGCCCACCGUCAAGGAAGAGCAGAAGGGCAAAUAUAAUGAAAUGAGGAAGCUUGGCUGUGAGUGGUCGCCUGAUGUCCGGCAAAUCGACUUGGACGUCAACAGAACAUUCCGUGACAACAUUAUGUUCAGGAAGCGUUAUGAUGUGAAACAACAGCAGCUCUUCUUCAUGCUAGUUGCGUACAGCGUGUACAACCAGGAGGUCGGGUACUGCCAAGGAAUGUCGCAGAUUGCGGCUCUUCUGCUCAUGUACAUGGAUGAGGAGGAUGCCUUCUGGGCCCUCUCUGCCCUCAUGGCCGACACUAAAUACUCUAUGCACGGUUUUUUUAUCCCUGGUUUCCCAAAGCUGCUACGAUUCCAAGAACUGCACAACAAAAUAUUAGCCACCAAGUUACCGAACCUAAACAAGCAUCUACAGCGGAAUUGCAUCGAUGCGGGACUGUACACGCUGAAGUGGUUCUUCCAGUGCUUCCUGGACAGGGUGCCGUUCCCUCUUUGUCUGCGGCUAUGGGACGUGUACCUGGUGGAGGGAGAGCGGCUGCUGCUCGCGGCAGGCUACACGAUCUUGAAGCUCCACAGACGCGCCAUACAACAGAGAGACAUGGAGAAAAUACUCGACUUUAUUCAGAAAGAGCUGGUGCUGGACUUCGGAUACCCGGACGACGAGAUGAUGCUGGCCGUCCGCAAGUCGCUGGAGGAGCUGCGGAAAGCCAAGCUGGACAACAUAGGACCUCCAGCGCUGAACGAGCUCCCAACUCUACCUUUUGGAUCUUUCGUGACGCCGAGCGUGACGGCGGAGAUGGGCGUGCGAGCCGAGCCCGGUGAGCAGGAGCGGCAGCUGACGCAACAGCUGAUCGAGCAGCAACAAAAGCUGCAGGAGCAGCACAGGAAUGAUGGCUCUCAUACUUCCUUGGACCAAAGUAUUGACGACGUGAGCAGCGUUGGAGGUAAAGUCGUGUCUAGAGGCGUAAGUGCCUCGGGAACCACCAUAGGUGAAGGCACGUUCGGCUCCCGCGCAUCCCUCGCCAACACCUCCCUUACUUCGGCACCUGAUUUAUCAACCCUGUCAUCCCUGACAUACGCGCGCAGAAAUGACACCGACCAGGUGUCUAUGUCAUCCGAGAAGAUGGACGGACUGUCAAGCAGUGGUCGGUCGUUAGUAUCACCAGACCACAAAUCUGUUCGGUCGCCCCGGUCACCGACUGUCAACCGUGAUGGCUUCCGCACUGGUAACGAUAGCCUUCGAGCGGACGACACCUUGACUGGUAGAAAAAGACAUUUGCAGUCUUCUCGGGAUACAGAUUUAUUCACUGCAACUUCUCAUCCACAUCUCGCGAGCACCACUGAAACGAAAUCUGAACUCCGAAAUGAUGAGACUGACGUACACAAAAAUUCUGAUCAAUAUAGUACUGAGGAUUAUAGACGAUCUGUGCAGAGUGACGAUGGCUGUUAUGAUCCGUCCGACUCGACGAUUCCAUACACAAAUUUUUCUUCCUACACUAACGGGAUCGACGGUCACGACAGCGGCAGCGACGAGGAUCGAAAUGAUGGCAGUCCUGUGACUAACCUCGCCGCUGUUCGGCCCUCGAAGUUGUCCGCAAGCCAGACGACAUUAAUAAGAGAACCUGACAUUACAAGCACUUCAGAGCCAGCCACUCCCAGGGCUGGUGAGACUCCUGACACCGUCAGGCUCUACGUCCCUUAUGCCGAUGACGAAAACUGCGACGCUAGAUCAGUUAGUCCGUCCUAUUCUGCAGGUCAUGGCGAGAUGACACCUGCCGCCUCUAGUGUUAUUGGUGCUGAUGAUGAAGAGUGGAGUGCGCAUCAGGCUUCUCGGAGAAAUGAAACUGGGAAAUCGAAAGCUCCAAAAAGCAUCGAAUCGCCUAAGAAGUCUAUAAAUUGUGAUCCUAAUAAGAUCAAAAUCCAUGUCGAUGCUGAUGAAUCCUUAUCCAACCCGUCAACGCCCCGCAACGUUAACACUUCUCGUCAUUCCAGAACUGCAGAAGACUUAGAACUUACUGAUGAAAAUUCCCCAAGAGCGCAAGAUAACUCCAUAGAAGAAAAAUAUGUUCGUUUAGAAAGCAGAGAAGCGGCAUCUUUAAAAACGAUAGCUUCACAUGAUAUAACGCAUCGUUUCUUGGAAUCGGCAGAGGAGUCCACUCAUGAUAGAAGAAUUGUUUCGGGUAAAGGGUCUCAUAAUAUUAAAAGUAACAAAGAUUCUAAUGUUCAUAAUUCAUCGUACGAGAAAAAUGAAAUACCUCCACUCGGUGCCUCUACGUCUUCUGGAAGUAUGAGAUCAAACACUUCAUCUUCUCCAAAGAAAGCUUCUUCUGAAAAGCCAUACGCGAGAAAUGCCAUUCCUGAACCUGUCUUCCCACGUACAACUGAAUUAGAUGACUUGAUGCCAAGCAGUAACUCUGAUGGAAGAAAUUCUACACCGCUUAGCUAUGCUUCGAUAGGAUCUUCUUCUGUGGAAACUGUAAUUUCGCGCGGUCCUUCAUCACCCGCAAGAGCCCACGGAAAUUCGACGAUUUCCGCUGCGUCUCGCGAUGCUGUAUCUAAUACGAAGUCUCAUGGCGCUGGUCAGUCUAUGCAAGCAUCGCCUAAUUCACCAGUCCAUGUAACUAUUUCUUCUUAUUAUGAGAGGAAGCACCACCGAAAUACGAGCGUCAGUCCGGUCGAGGCUGAGCGAGAUAACCGAGCAUCGAAUGCUUCUACGUCGAGUCGCGAGUCUGGGGGCGGCGGAGGACGAGUGCAGCAUUAUUACCAUCACAGGCAGUCUUCUUCCCCGCCCGUGGCGAGCCCCACGGUGUCGCCGAGCACGUCUGGCCGAAGUCGCGGUCCUUCUGCUCUGAGAAAUUCUCAGCAGAAUUUCCCUCCUCAUUCCCAAAGCUUCGAACAUCCACGAGACGUUCCUGAUGGUCAUUUCCAAAACGUGAAAACUCAUCAAAGAAAUUCCUCAGAACAUUCCAUUAGGUAUCCGCAUUAUGAUCCUCAUAGUCCAUCUGAAGUCCCUUUUCUUGGAGGUCCCGCUGGUGUAGAGAAGAAACGUGUGACUUCAUAUGUCGCGCCAAUCUCUGUCCAUUCCACUAUCAUUGAUCAAUUCCGCGCUAACUCUUCCGUCACUUCCCACCGUCAAAACACAAUGGGAAGCGAAUACCAUUCCAUAGAUUCCCGCACACGUUCUUCCGAAUCAAGAAGUUUUCCCAUGCGACCAACUCCAGAGCAAGUUCCCAGUACUGACAUGUCGCCACGACGCCUUCAGUACUCAUCGUCGCAAUGGGCCGAACAUAUACGCUCCGAUACUUUCAACAAACCUACCACUUUCAAGCACUUUAUUGAUGAUGAACCUCUUAGGGAGUCUACCGCUGUCGGAAUGGGACAGCAAUAUCCUGCUACUCGUAGCUUUGCUACACAUGAACAGCCUUAUUUCGAAGACAAGGCUAAAGAGAAUCAGUUGCCCUCCAGAAGACCUCAACCGUUCCAAGUGCCCAGCAGUUCUAUCAGGGACGGCUACCGGUAG